GUUGAAAUCAAUAUAAUUUUGUAAAAAGUACAAGAACCAAACUAACAAAAAGUGGUGAUUUUUUCAAGAGACGUCGAACUUUUAAACUGCAGUUACCUUGCUAACUAAAGUGUGUGAAUGAUGGUGUUACAAAGAAUCGCUGAUAUAAUUUCGAUGCUAAGCUACAGUCGUAUACGGUGCAAAGACGUAAAGUCUGAGGAUCAUGGUCCAGCAGAUUUUGAACGGGCAAUUGUAAGCUCUGGUUAUGGAAAGUUCAACUACCUAUUACUGUUGGCCGUGCUGCCCGCGAGUUUCUCCAGCAUCUUCUCGUCAUCGGCGAUAUCGUACGUGCUCCCGUCAGCGGAAUGCGACCUGGGCCUUACCAUGUUCGACAAGGGUCUACUCAACUCAAUGACAUUCGCAGGAAUGAUCAGCACGUCGUUUUUCUGGGGAUUCAUGACCGACACGUUCGGUCGUAAGAAGAUCAUGUUUUAUGGUUACAUGUUCACCGGGAUCUUGAGUCUGGCGACAUGUUUUUCGCAUACAUCUUGGCUUUUAAUUUUGUUCAAAUUUCUCGACGGCGUGAUCAUAUCUGGCCCCUAUGCCGCUCUGAUGUCAUAUUUAGCGGAAGUACACAACGAGGUAAAUCGAUCUCGAACCUACAUGUGGCUAGGUGUGUUUUUCUCGCUUGCAAACAUUUCUUUGCCAUGUAUCGCGUGGCUAAUCCUACCCCAGAAAUGGACCAUAAAUCUGAUGAGUAAAAGCGUGGAGAUUAGUUCCUGGAGAGUGUUUUUAGCAAUUUGCUCAUUACCAGAGUUCCUGGCGUGCAUUGCAAUGUUCGCAUUUCCUGAGAGCCCACGUUUCCUCCUCCUGAAAGGACGAAGAGAAGAGGCUCUGGAGGUUUUCAAGAAAAUUUACGUAGUCAACACCGGAAAGGAUCCAGACACAUACCCGAUAAAAGAUCUCGAGGACGAGUACUUCAUUCAAGGGUCAACCGACACUGUGAAAGACAAACUGCGAUCGUGCUGGCAACAGAUCCAACCUCUUUUUGUACCGCCAAGCAUUUACAAACUGAUCGCGAUAGGUUUGAUUCAGCUUGGUGCCACAAUAGGAUCGAACUCGAUCCGAUUAUGGAUGCCUCAGUUAUUCACAAUGAUGGAACACUUCAAGAGCAAUUACACGAAAGUCGAAUAUUCAAGCACGCAACCACGCUUCUGUUACAUGUUAGGCCAACGGCAAUCGAAUAGUAGUUCCUCAGGGAGUUUUGUGAAUGAAACUUUAAGGGUUGCGCAACCGUGCAUUCCGACGGUCUUAAACGCAAAAGUCUUCAUUAAUUCCAUCGUAAUCGCCACGACCGGUGUUGUGGGGUAUACUUUAGCUGGCACGCUGAUUACAGUAGUAGGAAAAAGAAAACUCAUAGCGACCUGUUUUCUAGUAGCCGCUGCUUGUUGCGGAUCUCUGUAUUGGGCAGAAAAUGCUAACAGUAUUCUCGGUUUAUGUUCUGUUUUCGUGGCUAUGUCGAGCAUAGGAGGUGCAUGCGUCGUUAACAUUAUUGUCGAUAACUUUCCAACAUGCUUAAGGACUAUGGCAGUCAGUCUGACUAUGAUGGUUGGUAGGCUCGGAGCGGUUAUGGGCAAUUUACUGUUUCCAGUUCUAUUCAACUUGUCCUGUUUGGGUCCAUUCGUUAUGAUUGGCUCAGCUUCUUUGGUAUCAGCCUUACUGGUAACUGUGCUACCUCGAAAGCCUUCGCAAACGGAUAAAUCGAAGAACGUCGUUUGACAAUAGUGUAUUCCGGAUGGUGAUUUCAAUCAGGCCGAUUGAAACGGUAUAAUUCAGCUAGUUGUAGCUGAGAGGAUCGCGUGUAAAUAAGUUCUGUCCUUGAUCUUUCAUAGAUUCUGUAAUUCGUGUGCAUGAUCUUCCAUCAUGUAAAUAUGUAUAUACAAUACAAUUACACUCAUAUAGUAUAAAAUCUCCUCACGUUAUAUAUGUAUGCAUGAAAUUAAGUGAACCAUAGAACGAGUGCGUGUGGUGAGACUUUGUUUAAUAAAUCUCGUGACUGCAUCACGUGUGGAAUAAUUUUAGAACAAUUCUCUAAUUGUUUUUAAUCACUUUGUCAGCCAGUGAUUUGUCAGGUAGUACAUUAAAUGAACAAUGAAUUUCUGAAACGAUGUAAUGAAAAAGACAACAUGUUUGUUGUACAAUAAAUCUGUUUUAUUAUUGUUUUAAAGUAA